AUGAAGAAAAACGGUAUUUCCCCAGAUACAACGACCUACAAUUCUUUGUUAUUGGCAAUUGCGUAUGGUUCAAACUCAUUGGAUGCGUUUGCAGUAUACGAAGACAUGGUGUCGUGCGGGGUAGAACCUAACAUCGCUACCUUCAAUCACCUCAUUUUCGCUGUCAAGGACAAAACGACCACACAGGUUUGGUACAUCCUCGAGCUGAUGGCCCAGAAAGGUAUACGCCCCAAUGGCGAAACCUACCAAUUGAUUAUUCAAUUCUUCACGGCCAGUAAAAAUGUGGAAAUUGGGUUACAAUUCCUGCAUGAAAUGAAGCUGGCCGGUUUUGAACCGUCACUUCAAACGGUCCAGGAUGUCGUCGUCGUCGUAGCUGAGCAGGGGUACAGCAGGUUGGCAGUGGACCUUGCAACCGACUUCGAGGCAACUUCCAUCCGAAGACUUGGCCCCGAGCCAUGGCUUAGCUGUUUGAUUGCCUCUGCAGAGGCCGUUUGGGACGAAGGGGUGCUGCAGUGUUGGGACAUUGUCGUAAAACGAUUCAAUAUCAACCCGGAUGAAGGUCUUUGUCUUGCAGUGCUCACAACAGCAGCCCGGCACGGUCUGUCCGACUUGGCCACAACAGUCCUGGGCGCUCUAAAGGUUGCCGGAGUUCGAUGGCAAGAAUAUCAUGUCGCACCCUUGGUCGAGGCCCUUUGUCGUGCUGGCCGUCUAAAAGAGGCUAUCUUGUCCUUGAAUGUCAUGCGCUCCAAUAACAUACUCCCAUUGCCUUCGACGGCCCUCCCGAUAUUCCGUAUAAUAUCAAAAGACGUAGACGCGCUAGAUUCAGUUUGGCCCAUUCUCGACGAGCUACAGGCCGAAAAGGCCACCAUAGACGUCGUUGCUUUGAACGCUAUCAUUGAAGCUGCAGUCACGCUAGGAGACCUCCAGCGCGCAGUUGGCACAUACAAAAGUUUCUCCGAUUACAGCGUCGUCCCCGACCGAGACACUUUCCGAACUCUCCUCGAUGGUAGCAUAGUAGCGCGGCAUUUACAACUCGGUCACAUCAUGCUACAGGGUAUGAAAGAGCUGGAUAUCCCGCCAGACGCAACGACAUUCAGGCAAAUGAUAGAGCUUUGCCUAACGCAAGAGGUGUAUGACGACGCGUUCUUCCACUUGGAGGAAAUGAAGGCCGCAGGUUUCAAGCCCAUUCAGGAGACAUACGAGGCCAUCAUCGUGACGUGUGCAUCUCGCGGAGAUUAUCGAUAUGAUAUUGCCAUGAAAGAGAUGCAGGAACAAGGUUAUCCAAUAGCAAAAGACUUUGAGGUAGAAGUCUCUCAGAUAUACAACCGGAGUUUGGUCGCAGGGAAUGGUCAGUCAGAGUCUGCGGAGUUCGAGAAAGACGACGGCGCGAACGGAGGAAGCCGCCAGUGA